AUGAAGUUCAAGCCAGACUUUGAUAGCGCUGCAAUCGAGUAUCAACGUGCAGCGGUGUGUUGUAAGAAUGCCGAGGCACUCGAGAAAUCUCGUGAGAUGUAUCUGAAAGCGGCCGAAAUGCACUUGUCUUGUGGGAAUCUGUUUCAUGCCGCAAAGUUCGUAUCACAAAAUUUACAGCACUUAUUUUCUCAAGCAAAACUGACUGUCGGAGAUCUUUGA